UUGUUUUCCCUUUUAUUUAAGGAUUCAAUUGAACAACCAUCAUCACUUCUCGAAUUCGAUCCCUAAUUUUCUUCGAAUUCUUUUCCUUUUGCUGUUAGGCUAAUCAGAUUGCUGUCGCCGGACGCCAUGGCUAAAAGCUCAUUCAAGUUGGAGCACCCUCUCGAAAGGCGACAGGCUGAAGCUGCUCGUAUUAGGGAGAAGUACCCUGACAGAAUCCCGGUCAUUGUGGAGAAGGCUGAAAGAAGUGACAUCCCUGAUAUUGACAAGAAAAAAUAUCUUGUUCCUGCUGAUCUGACUGUCGGGCAAUUUGUGUAUGUUGUCCGCAAAAGAAUUAAGCUCAGUGCUGAGAAAGCCAUCUUUAUCUUUGUGAAGAAUGUGCUUCCUCCUACUGCUGCGAUGAUGUCUGCUAUCUAUGAAGAAAACAAAGAUGAGGAUGGGUUCCUAUACAUGACUUACAGUGGGGAGAACACUUUUGGAUUGCUCUGAGGUUGAAGCUCGGUGGAGGAGCCAUGUAUAUAGUCUAAUAACGUUUGUAAAUAUUUUCAGUUAUCCAUAAAGGAGUUAUCCUUCUCGAAAGAUUUUCUGUAACUUUUCUUAAUUGGAAAAUGGAAAUACUUUGGUGGGCACUUCUAAUUAUAUAUAAUCAGUUUCCUUAUCA